CGAAUCCAACGGCCCACAUUCAAUCUCGGCUCCAGGUUUCACUCUCGUCCUCUAAAAACGCAUUUAUCGCGUUUCCCCUCAUUAAACACACACAGACUCAUUCAUUGAUCCUCUCGGCGAUAAACAUCAGAUCUCAGAUCUCCGAAAGAGAAAAGAAAUGGCGGUUUCCGCGCGUGAGGAGUACGUGUACAUGGCCAAGCUCGCGGAGCAAGCCGAGCGCUACGAGGAGAUGGUGGAGUUCAUGGAGAAAGUCUCCGCGGCCGUCGACGGCGACGAGCUCACCGUCGAGGAGCGAAACCUCCUCUCCGUGGCGUACAAGAACGUGAUCGGCGCCCGGCGCGCCUCGUGGCGAAUCAUCUCCUCGAUCGAGCAGAAGGAGGAGAGCCGCGGCAACGACGACCACGUCAAGGCGAUCCGAGACUACAGGGGGAAGAUCGAGACGGAGCUCUCGGGGAUCUGCGACGGGAUCCUCAAGCUGCUUGACGAUAGGCUCGUCCCCGCCGCUGGUUCCGGUGAUUCGAAGGUGUUUUACCUGAAGAUGAAGGGGGAUUACCAUAGGUACUUGGCGGAGUUUAAGACUGGUCAGGAGAGGAAAGACGCCGCUGAGAAUACUCUCUCUGCUUACAAGGCUGCUCAGGAUAUUGCAAAUGCAGAGCUAGCUCCAACUCACCCGAUCCGUCUCGGUCUGGCGUUGAACUUCUCUGUGUUCUACUACGAGAUCCUUAACUCUCCUGAUCGUGCCUGCAGCCUCGCCAAACAGGCUUUUGAUGAAGCGAUAGCAGAGUUGGACACUCUAGGUGAAGAGUCGUACAAAGACAGCACCUUGAUCAUGCAGCUUCUCCGUGACAACCUCACUCUCUGGACAUCCGACAUGCAGGAUGAUGAUGCUGGGGAGGAGAUCAAGGAAGCAUCAGCUCCAAAGCCGACUGAGGAACAGUAGUAACAAUCUUUUUGAUUGAACUGCUAAGUUUCUAGGGGUUUGUUUCGUCUAUAUGUUUCCUUAAGAUGUCGUUCGUUCGCUUGCCAAAUUAGCUUUAUCUCCAAAAGGCUUUUUUUUAUUCAUUCAUCAUAUUUCUGGCGGGUCGAACCAUCAAUCAUCUUUUUAUCUCUUUGCUUGAUUUUUUUUUUCUUUUUUUGUUCUGUCUUUCUUUUUUUUUGUUUGUGUUUAUCCAUUUCAAUGUCCGCUAUAAACCUGCUUUGUGUUGUCUUAUCAAUUUGAAGAUCAUAAAGGCUUGCUGUCUCUCUAA